AUGGGUGUUGCUGAAGCUAGGUCGAUAUUUAAAGGGAUAAAUCACAAAACUAGUGAUCUAGUAUCCAUAAAUAACAAGUUAAUUAAACGGAAAUAUUUGCUUAACCAACUAAAGAACACUGGAUUGAAUGAUCGAAAGUCAAAUAUUUCAAAUUUGCCACAAAAAUUACAUAAUUUCAAUCCAAAGCACACUAGUAUAAUACGUAAAGUAUCUUCCAACGAACAGAAUCUGGAUUAUUUAUCAUAUAAUCUCCUGAAGAAUCAAGGGCUUGCCUCCUCCCACCUUGAAGCAAUUUCUCAACUACUCUCUAUAAUGAGGGACCCUGCUAUAGUCCCAGAUGUUAUUCCAUUAUAUGCACUUGAUAGCCAUGAUUUAGCAAUUGAAAAACUAAAAAAAAUGAUCAGAAAUACAUAUCUGGAUAUGUUGGAUUGCGGUGUCGACACUGGACCUUGCGAUAUCGCCGUGUAUAUAAAAUUUCUAAACUCAUUUCACAGGGAUAAUAUAGCAACUUCGAUUAAAACGGAGGUUGAUAAAGUGGAAAUUGACGGUAAUAUAACAAAAAACAUGAUACUAUUGGCAAUGUUUGCACAAAUGUACCGUGACUAUCCCUAUUGGAAGUUGUAUCGGUUGAAGGACUCAAACUUACCAAUAACAUGCCUUAAGAGGAUUUUAUCCGUCCGAAAACUAUCAGAAAUACCGAAUCAUUGGAUCAACUCAAAUAUUGAUUACACGAAUACCAAUAACGAUGUAUAUGCAUUGUUGCAGCAAAUAAAGCUCAAAAAUAACUCAAAUAGAGUUCAUCAUGUCAACAAAGAAGUUAAUAGUAAGAUUUUUAACAUCAAUGAAGAUAAAAUUGUAGAUAAAAAUGCGCAAAACUACCAACUGAAAAAUUUUACCAUGUCAACAAUUAAACAGCACUUUGAUACAAAGCACAUAACGGUUAAGUCAUUGGCUUCACAUCUUGAUUGUGAAAUACAGAUGGUAAUGGAUGUAGCAAAGGAUCUCGUUGAUGCCACAAGUUAUAACUGCAAGCUUAGUAUCGAGGAAUCAGAAUUUAUCGCACAGGAAUUGGGUUAUGCUGACAAAAUCCCCAGUAUUAAAUGCACAAUGCAAACUAGACCACCAAUAGUUGCUAUAAUGGGUCAUGUUGAUCAUGGCAAAACGACACUCCUCGACUCCUUCAGGAAUUCUGCAACUAAAAUUACAUCAACUGAAGUUGGCGGGAUCACUCAAAAGCUAAGCGCUUUUCAAGUCAAAUUGGUUACUACAAAUAAAUUAGUUACCUUCAUUGAUACGCCCGGUCAUUCGGCAUUUACAUCUAUGAGAAGCAGAGGUUCAUCUAGGACUGAUAUAAUCAUACUGGUGGUGGCUGCUGACGACGGUAUAAUGCCACAAACAGUAGAAUCAUACAAGAAAAUUAUAUCAUCAGGGGCAGAGUUAAUUGUUGCAAUUAACAAAAUAGACAGGGUUAGAUGCAGUUUAUCUAGGGUGAAGAAUCAAUUGUUGUCACUUGGAAUUCACGAGUCUAUACCUACGGUCGAGAUAUCGGCAAAAUAUGGGACCAAUAUCGAGCAGCUAGAACGUUCAAUUACGGAAAUAGCUGAAUCACUGAAAUUGAAGGCUAAUUACCACACUGAAUCUCGGGGUAAUGCAUUUAUCUUAGAAACUGGAGUUAGUGAUUUGUAUGGUAAACAUGUUACCGCAAUUGUUACAGAUGGUGUUUUGAAGGAAAACUUGUGGGUUGUCGUUGGAUCUAGCUGUUGUAAAAUUAAAAGGUUAUUAGAUGUGUCGAAAGAACCAGUUAAAAUUGCCUAUCCAUCACAAGUGAUAUCACUUAUCGGUUUAACAGAUAUUACGGCAGUGGCUGGACAAGAUUUGACAACCGCGGAGUCCCAGAGUGAAGCAAAUAAAAUAGCCUCUAUCAGACGUAAACAAUCGCAAAUAUCUAAGGUCUAUAAAUUGCAUGAAAAUGAAAUAGUCCCAACUAAUGAAUCACGAGAUUUGUACAUAAAUAUCAUUAUAAAAUGCGUAGACCAAGGAAGUCUAGAUGCUAUACUGGAUUGGGUAAAUGAAUUUAAUCAAAAAUGCGGAGAUCAUCCUGAAAAACACUUAAAGGAUCGUGGUUUUAUGAAUUUUGAUAUGUCCAAUUGGCAACCAAUUAAAAUUAUUUCAUCAUCAGUGGGGCCUAUAACACGCACAGAUAUUCAAUUUGCCAAUAUAAAUAGGUGUUACCUUGUAACAUUUUCUGUUAAUACUCCUAAACACAUUGAAAUCCCUGACAAUAUCACAGUAAAGCAACACAACAUAAUCUAUAACAUAUUUAAAGACAUAGAAAAUAUCUUCAAUAAUCAUUUUGGACCAUUGUAUACCUAUACAACAGUGGCAAGAAUGCUAGUGACUAGGCUUGCAUAUAUAAGUGUCAAUAAAUCGGCGAAACUUGUCAUUGGUACUAUUACAAGUGGUGGUACAGCCACAAUUUCAAACAUCUAUUCAGUUCUACGCAAUGGGGUUACUGUUUAUGAAGAUUUGGAAAUACUAUCCAUGCAUGUAGACAAAUCUAAGGCUACUGAGAUUCCAAAAAAUAACUCAAACAAUGCAAUCGUUUUCAAGCAGGACGUUGAAGUUGAGAUUGGGGAUGAGAUACUGGCUCAAACUAGGACUAAAAAUCAGUGCGACUGA